AUGAGGGAUGCAUCUUCCCCUUGGUCUGUGACUAAAUUGAUUUGCCUCCCUUGGAUGAGCCUGAUCUUUCUGGAGGGCUGCAGCCCAAAAGUUCUGGAGAAGACAUUUGAACAAUGGACGAGGUAUAAAGAUGAGUGCUUGAAGAAGAUAGCAAGUGAUCCUUACCCUUCAGGGCUGUUUUGCAAUCGGACUUUUGACAUGUAUGCAUGCUGGCCAGAUGGGAGCCCUGGGACCAUUGUCAAUGUCUCAUGCCCUUUUUAUUUGCCCUGGUAUGAGAAAGUUAAACAUGGCAUAGUGAGCCGCAAGUGUGGGCCUGAUGGCCACUGGGCGAUGCUGAACGGGACAGAGCGCUGGAGGGAUCAUUCCCAGUGCAAGGAAGAGGUGGAAGGCAACACUGGAGAGGAAUCGUCCUACCGCCUGAUGGUCAGCUUCAAGGUCCUCUACACCGUGGGCUACUCCCUCUCUCUGCUGGCCCUGGUCUUGGCUCUGCUCAUCCUGACGGUCUUCAGGAAGCUUCGCUGCACCCGGAACUACAUCCACGCAAACCUCUUCGCCUCCUUCGGGCUACGGGCCAUCUCUGUGAUCGUGAAGGAUGCGUUGCUGGAGCAGAUGUGGAGAAGGGAGACCUUCCAGAUGUCCGACUGGGAGGCCUUGCUGAGCCACGAGGCUGCUAUUGGUUGUCGAGUGGCUCAAGUCGUGAUGCAGUACUGUAUUCUGGCCAAUCACUAUUGGUUUCUUGCGGAGGCGGUCUACCUGUACAAGCUUCUGAUUGGAGCUGUGUUUUCAGAGAAGAAUUACUACACCCUGUACCUGUACUUGGGCUGGGGAACCCCCGUGGCUUUUGUGGUGCCGUGGAUGGCUGCCAAGUACCUGAAGGAGAAUGCAGAGUGCUGGGCAUUGAACGAGAACAUGAGUUACUGGUGGAUUAUUCGCAUCCCUAUUUUGCUAGCCUCUGUGAUCAACCUGCUGAUCUUCAUGCAGAUCCUCAAAGUGAUCCUGGCCAAGCUGCGAGCCAAUCAGAAGGGCUAUGCAGACUACAAACUGCGGUUGGCCAAAGCCACCCUCACCCUCGUCCCUCUCUUUGGGAUCCAUGAAGUGGUCUUCAUUUUUGUCACAGACGAGCAAACUACAGGAGUGCUGCGCUACAUUAAAGUCUUCUUCACUCUCUUCCUCAACUCCUUUCAGGGAUUCCUGGUUGCUGUCUUGUAUUGCUUUGCAAAUAAGGAGGUGAAAUCCGAAAUGAAGAAGAAGUGGCAGCUUUGGAAACUGGGGCACCCUGCCCUCUGCUGCACCCAGUAAGAGGAAAUCGGGGAGGCCAAGAUGGCACAGGCAAAAGCUGCCUAAGACAGCGAUUGAUGCUCUGUCCCAUGAUGCUGCACCUGGCAUUCUCAGAUGGCCACAGAGUUGCUUGGGGCAAUGGUGGUGGUCACAGCUUUGUUGGAGGACCACAGGCAAUGUUCUGAACAAGGGGGCAGAGGUUAUUUCUACGAGUUGGGCAAAACAUGGAAAUCGACAUUGCUGUCUUACAGCACCCGGAUGAUGAUAUACCAGCCAAGAAAGGGCAUUAGGAAGUGCCAAAGAGCCUGAUGGACGGUUUGCAUAAAGCUGCAGAAGGAAUCCUGAAGCUCUGUGAAUUACGAGAGGGAUGUGUGCAUGUCUAGCUCUGUGGUACAGCAUCUGCUUUGGAUGGGGAAGGUCCAGGUUCAAUCUCUGGAUAGGGCAGGAUGAGAGCCCAUUGGAAAUCUUGGAGAGCCACUGCC